AUGGCCCUAGCACGUGAUAGAGAAUUACUGAGGGACACUCUUCGCACUCAAGGGACCGCACUCACUGCCGCCGAUCGCGAAAAUAUCCUGAAGCCAUAUUUGCCGGAUCCAUCAGAACUAGCACGUCGACCACACCGACAGAAGAAACCCCCCCGAAAAGCUCCCAUUCGAACGUUCUUAAAGUCUCGGCUGCAUCAACUUACCUAUACCUUCAUUCAUAUUGUCUAUGGGAUUAUCCUGCGUCUAGUUCAGAGCUACCAUGCCCUUGUGGAUCGGGUUCUUGCAAUUGUCUAUUAUCAUCACCGCACACCAGAAUUGAUACGAAAAGAUGUCAAGGGCCUAAGACGUUUGCCGGGACAUCUGACCGUUGUUUUAUCAUUACGUAAGGAAGAUGAUGCGCUUGCGAUUCUGAUGGACGAAGUUGCAGAACUGGCUGCUUGGAGUGUUAGCGCUGGCAUACCCAUGCUGAGUGUAUAUGAGAAGAGCGGGAUUCUGAAGUCAUGCAUCCCGAUGCUGCAUCAUGUGGUUGCAAGCAAAUUCGCUUCAUAUUACGGUUCAAUUCCUCAGCAGCCAACUCUGCGGCUUUUCGCUCCUCAUCAUUCUGUUUAUGAGCCAGCUCUUGAUCAUGAUAAGGCCCGUAGAGUCAAUACUGACUCUCUUACCCUGCUUCUGCUAUCAGCUACCGAUGGAAGAGAAACCAUAGUUGAUCUUACUCAAACGCUAGCGGAGAUGUCACAGAAUGGUAAACUGUCACCAGGUGAUAUCACCAUGGAAUUGGUGGAUGCAGAAAUUAGCGAAAUUACAACGCAGCCAUUGCAGCCGGCCUCGUUGAGCAUUGGUGACAGGCAAACGACUGCUGUUCACCCCACUAUUGCAGUGAAGCCAGAACCAGAUUUACUAUUAGUGUUCGCGCCCUUCCUGAAGCUGGAUGGAUAUCCUCCCUGGCAUAUUCGCCUGACUGAAAUGUUUUGCACUGGUGGUAAAGGUAGCGGCGUUACUAGUUAUGGUGAUGCUGUCGAAUAUCAGGGUUUUCUCAGAGGUUUAUGGCACUACGCCGGAGCUCAGAUGAGGUUUGGUCGCUAG